GGGAUCGUCUGCAAAUUCCCAAGACAUUGGGUGACUUGAAAGAAAUCCAGCCGAUAGUGAAUUACUGAUUAGAAAGCAAGACAAAGCCGACGUCUAAGCCCAGUCACACACUGUACACAAUAAGCGACUCCAGCAUCAAGAUGUCCAACCGAUCGCUGCUCAGGGAAGCGAGUCAUGCUGGGAGCUGGUACACUGCCUCAGGAUCCCAGUUGAGUGCACAACUAGACGGCUGGCUAUCACAAGCACAAACCUCAAAGAGACCUGCAAGAGCCAUCAUUGCCCCUCAUGCAGGAUACACUUAUUGCGGGUCAUGUGCUGCUCAUGCCUAUAAACAAGUAGACCCUUCAGUCACGAGAAGGGUCUUCAUUCUUGGACCCUCCCACCAUGUGGCUCUUUCUAGAUGUGCACUUUCCACUGUUGAUAUAUAUAGAACACCAUUAUAUGAUCUUCAUAUUGAUCAAAAGGUAUACGGAGACUUGUGGAAGACAGGGAUGUUUGAACGAAUGUCACUACAAACAGAUGAAGAUGAGCACAGCAUUGAAAUGCAUUUACCUUACACUGCUAAAACAAUGGAAAGCCAUAAGGAUGAUUUAACCAUCGUUCCUGUGUUGGUCGGAGCACUAAGUGAAUCAAAGGAGCAGGAAUUUGGGAAACUUUUUAGCAAAUAUUUAGCAGAUCCUACUAACCUCUUUGUAAUCUCAUCAGAUUUCUGCCACUGGGGGCAACGAUUCCGUUACACAUAUUAUGAUGAAUCUCAAGGAGAAAUCUAUAGGUCAAUUGAGAAUCUAGAUAAGAUGGGUAUGGGCAUUAUAGAACAAUUAGAUCCUGUACAAUUUAGCAAUUACUUGAAGAAAUACCAUAACACUAUAUGUGGCAGACACCCCAUUGGGGUUUUAUUAAAUGCUGCAACAGAACUUCAGAAGAAUGGAGUCAACAUGAGCUUCUCAUUCUUAAAUUAUGCUCAGUCUAGCCAAUGUCGCAGCUGGCAGGACAGUUCCGUGAGUUACGCUGCUGGAGCACUAGUGGUGCAUUGAGCCACUGAAGUCUCAGGGAUGCCACCUUAUAACACAAAAGUUGACACAAACCUUUUCUUUCUGUCCAUGGGGUCAUAGCCAAGUAUUGGCCCAGUAAUGACCUGUUCUAUGGGUUUAGUGGAACCUUGAUCCAACUGAAAUCCUCCCCCUCCUUUCUUUGUAGGUGUAGUCCUAUCUUAAUUUCUGAUUCCAUUUAAAAGAAAUGCUUUCUUGGUAACGGUAACAGAAGUAAAGUUGUGUCAAAGUAUCUGUAAAACGGAACUGUAAUAAAGAAACGUGGUGGCAGACAACACAAAAAUGCUAGUUACAUGGAAUAAGUUAGCCUUUACCAUAACCUAAAUUUGCACUGUUUGCAGAUAUGUGCACAUAUACUCAGCUUUCAGAAUAGUUUUGCAAGUUGAAAAUAAAAAAAUUAAAAAAAAAAAAAACAAAAAAAAGUAUAUUACAAAAAAAAAAAAAAAAGGUGGAAGCUUUUUAAUAUGAAAUGCAUUUAUAACUUAUCCUUUAUCCUGUAUUAGAAUAUAAUACAAUUCCUGUAUAAUCUGUUAUUACCAGUGUUGUACAACAAAUACCUUCUAUUUUAGUUGCUAAUAAAGGGCUACACAACCAACUCCAA